AGUUCAAAAGGUCGUGUUCUUAUCCACGUGGAGCGUCUGUAUGAGUUGAAAGGCGGCCGCCAUGAGUGACUGGGAAGAAGACUGCUCUCCUCCUGUGGCAUACAAUUCCCGUAUUGAGACACCGACACCCAGAGCAACUUUCGGUUUUGGUGGUGGUGAGAGGAAGAGAGGGAGAGGGAGAGGGAGGGACCGGAGAUCUUAUGAUGAUGACGAAGGCAGAGAGGGUGUUUAUACGUAGUGAGAAGCCAACUUUCACACGUUUCUCGCAGAGAGGGUCAGAAUAACCAAGGAAGCUCAUUGAACUCCGGGGCAUAUUCAGAGUUGUGUAACAUGGGCGAAAGACUGCUCUUAGUAGUAAUUUACUACUGUAGUUCAAAUUGUGUCCAUUUUUACUGUACAUUCACCAUCUGUGGCAUCGGCUAUAGUCUUCCAUACAUUCUUCAACAGGAGGAAGCAAGUCGUUUGGUUGGGGACGGGCUGA